UAAGGGGGAAUCAAACGACAAAAAGACUUGGACAAGCUUGUUAUAACUUACGCUUCUAAGCUAGUCAGUUAUUUUUGACACCAGGCUCACAAGAUCAGAAGAGUCUAGCACCCUAGAGCCGAUAUCCGUUAACCUGAGUCUUGGUCUCGUAUCCCUGGACAAAACAGCAGCGAGGAAGCCAGAAGAUGUAGUGGUGAGAAUACAUAUACAGUUUCCUUAUUGCCCAGCGUGUACCUUUAGCCUGAUCUUCUUGCUUGAAGCCCUAUGAUUUUGUGAUGCUUCGGUUGUUGAUGAGAGCCACUGACAGAAUGAUUGGGCGGCAGAGUUUGUUGCCUGAGGUUAUAGGACUAGCGCGAUGGACAUCUCAAACUACGAAAUGAAGCAAAUCUUGCUUCAAGCAUCCGUUGCGGGCUCUCGAGUCGAUGAAGAGCGACCCUGAGUAUAGCAGAAUAGAUUUUCCAUAUAUUCAAUUGCUCUCAAAUAAGUCAUUUUGCGAUGAGCGACUCUCCGCAACGAACUCCGAAUAUUCCGAGAUACCCGAACGCGCCGAGAACGGAGGCUGCAGCAAAUCAGCCGCCAGAUCUGAAGAGCAUACUGCGCGUGAGGCAACUUGCGCGUAUCAGAAAAGCAUGCUUACCAUGUCGGGAGAGAAAGGUGCGCUGUAAUCAUCAGCAGCCCUGUCAAACAUGCAUCAGGCGCGGUCACUCGGACCUCUGCUUCUACGACCAACCUCGGGCGUCAUCAAGCCCAACUCCACAACCUCACCAACCAGAACUACAAGCUACGACGGACUCAAGUCAUCGUACCAAAAAUGCAGCACAAUCUAGGCGCCCUGUCAGUCGCGAUGGCAGUGUAUCUAACGCGAGUCCGUCCUUGCUAGGUAACAACUCCAUUAUCUCAGUAGCACGACCCGAUACUACCCAGCCUCAUGCCAACAACGAGCGUCGCACCGCAUUUGAAACAGGAAUCCUGCCUCUUCUCGGUAUGGAUGGUGCUUCCGAUGGUGGACGUGGCACCCCUGCAGGACGCUUAGAAACAACCCUUGCUGUUGACCAAGACAUGAUUUCUCUGUUUGGCUUCUAUCGGGAUCGAGUUCACUCUUUUCAGUUCAUCGUGGACGAUCUCGCCGAGAUCGAGAAGCUCAUAUGUUCUCUCCUGAAUCACGAAGUGCAAGUACAUCGGAUGGACAACCACAGCCUUUGUCUUCUCCAUGCUAUAAUGGCGGCUGGGGCUCAGUUCUCGGAUUUACCCAUUACUACACGACUAUCCAAGUCCAGUCAAAAUUUGCAAUCCGCUCUCAAGUAUUUAGGGUCCUUUGAUCUGUUAUGGAAUCCUUCCAAGAGACUGAUCCAAGCAUUGCUCAUUCUUGGUCAUGUUUUGCAAAAUAACAUGAAUCCUCGUGCAGCUUGGAUCCUAGGUGGCACCACGGUUCGAGUUGCGCUAUCAGUUGGUCUCCAUCAGCCUAUUAACCACUGUGCUCUCCGUCUCUCGCCUGCAGAAGCGCAGCAGUUAAGACUCGCAAUUGUUUGGCAAGACGCACUUCUCUCAUUAGCGUUUGACAGACCCCCAGCAUCCCAUGAAAUGGACCUGGAUUCAGACCUCUCAGCUCUGGUAUCGCUAGAUCCAACUAGCCAGUGUCUUGACUACCGACAGGCUAUGAACUGGCUAUGCCACCUGAGCUUCAGACAUCUUCCAAGACUCCCUCAGACAGAACCAGUCAGGGACUAUAGCCGGCUCUUUCAUGACUUCGACCUUUACGAGUCUUCUCUAGCUCCUCACCUGCAGGAUCUGCAGCGAUCUAACUCGAUCCAAGAGCUACAAGAACACUAUAGCCUGAUCGUCCACCGCUACUUUCUUCUCUCUACCCUCUGCCGCCCUGUAUUAUCCUCACAGAACAAAGGAAGGUUCAGUGAAGAAGAAUGCUCUAUGAUAUUGAACCGAUUUCAAGGUGCUUUGAAGCGAAGCGUCCGUGCUUUCAUCAAGCUACGCUCAAUCUCGAAUCUUGCAACCCGUUCAUGGGCCUUCGUUCACAAUGGUCUUGCAUCAGCUCUCUUGUUGAGUUUUACCCAGCAAGGGUCUAACGCUCAAUAUCAAGAUUCCCAGGAAAUACUAGCUGAGCUAGUAAAAACGCUGACUGAGCGCAGCGACGAUGUUGGGCAGUUCUCUGCGGCGCACAAGAAAGCUCUCAGGGCGAUUCAAGCUCUACAACGAUCUUCAGUGGAGGAGACCAGAUGCCAAAGUGAGAAUUCAUCACAAGAGCAUCAUCCAAUAGCAGUUUCUUCGGAAAACAUAGCUAUUCUACCAGAACACUUUGGUAACACUCAGGAACCAAGCAUGGUUAACUUGGAUGAUUGGCUUCGAGACUUUGACUUUGACGCAUUCUCUCCCCUUGAAUCAUACAAUUUCAUCAUGUCGGACCAGGUGCCACACGAUUCUAGUCUCUAGGCCCCUAUCUGUCCAGCGAAUUUCGACACCCUAAAGAUGUACUAAAAUUAUCAUAAAUAUUGUAAUCCUAAAGAUACACGAAACUUAUCAUGAAUAUUCUAAUAAAAUACUAUUUUAUGAUAACACCUGU